AGGGAGAGGAAAUGGGCCGAACGAGAGCAUGAACGGAGAGCGAGAGAGCGAAGUCCCAAGAGCAUCCCCGUAUCGCGAAGGAACAGGGACCCCGGCGGCGUGGUGGCAGGGCCGGCGACGGGGGUUGGCGGAGGGAGACGCGUUCGCGGGGGUGGGUUUCGUACGGCCAAGGCAGUGGAGUCAGUCGCGGACAGUCGCCUCGACGCUUCCACCUCUCUCAGUUGCUCCUCGGUUUCCGCACUCUGCGGACAGGCAGAAAAUGCGCACCGCGGCCGUGUGUAUCGCCUUCGUCGUGACAUGCACGAGCGGAUCGUUUGUCGCGGCUAUACGGUACAUGGAUCCGAUGUCCCCGCAGCCGGGAAAUAACGGCGACAUCGGCGACAAACGGAUGGAUCUGAUGGAGCCGUCGUGCGACGAGCUGCGCGCCAUGUGGAGGUACACGAAGAGGCAGAGCAGAGCCGUGGCCAAGAGUAACGCAUACCCGCUGUAUCCUGAUUCACGAUUAUUAAAUAUAUGGCCGAAACAUCCCGAUCGUACCAAAGCUGGCACGAUAUAUCGAGGGAAGUAUCCCGGGCAACCCCGCAGCCGGUCGGCCGGGGGUGCGCCCAUUUACGGGAAGAUGGUGCACAAGGCCCCGGCAGGGAGCAGACUGCGGAACGGGAUGCGACAGCGUGCGAGGAACUUGGAGGACAUGAGGCUUUUCGGGACCGUGAAUCGUUACAUACCGUCGAACAGGCAUCAGCACGUCACCAGCUUCCGCGUCGGCGGUGGCGUCUCGUCCCCGAGGGUUCCUCAGGCUGGCAGUUUCGAAGCGCUCAAGAACCUCGUCCAGGCCGAAAGAGCGCGCGAGCUGCGGGAGCAGCACAUCGAGGAAAUAGUAGCGGAAGCUGCUUUGAAGGAGAGAGCAAGAGAGGAAGAGGAGCAAGAAGCCAACAUACAACAAUCGCGAGGACAGUACUCCAAUCCAUUGCCACCCCUGCAAAUACCGAAGGAAUAUUACGAUUACAACAAUCGACGUUACAUGUCGAAUGUACCUAACAACGGUCAAGCUUGGUCGAGGAACUGGCUCCACGGGCAGUAUUUGGGACGUUAGUAUGCUGCGAAUUGUUACAAGGAAACGGUAUCAAUCCGAAAACUGCCGCAUGCAUACUAGAGUUUGUGACCGCUCCGCACGAUGGACGCAACUGCGGCCCUCGGCAAAAUUACGACUGCGAGAACGAGCAGACUCACUUCGAGGAUCACACGCGUCUCGACGAUCUAAGGCUCCCUAUGCAAACUUUUAAGUCUUUGUGUCGACAAUGUAAGUGCAGUUAGACAAAUGCAUUUUAACCUAAUAUCUGCCAGUAUCGCGGGAAUUUCGUAGACUCGCAAGCGGCGCGACUUCUCUCACUCUUGUCGCUUCACUGAAAAUCUCCAAACGAUGCGAGAGGAGGUAAACAUCUCGAGAGACAGAGACAAUUCAAGUGGCACAUGUUGGAUUAAAAGCGUGAAAAAAAACGCCUCCCUCUCAGAAUGUAUUCGAGCACCGCCCGCGUAUCUUUAAUGUGAGUAGGAUUCAACGGGCACGGGAUGAACAUUGAUUUGCACAUUUUCGGGUCGAUUCGAUGGAAGAUGUGCGUGUAUCUUGUCGUACGACGCGACGCUUCGUACCUUUGGACAGACCGACCGAUUCACUCUUCCGUGGAUUUCAACAACUUUUCGCGUUUGACACUUGUAAAACAUCGCGCAUGACGAGGAAAGAGAGCAUAAAGUCAGGAUAGAUUUCCUACGUGCGCGCGCGACAACUGUUUGGUCGCGGGAAAGCUCGGUAAAAGCACAUCCCCCAAACUUCGCUCUAUCAUUUUCGCGACAGUUUAACAGAAACUCGACGAAAUUGCAAAAUCUUGACGAAAACUACAAGUAUAAAAAUGCGACUUUAAAGAACGCGGAACGCGACAAAAUCGCGGUCACUCGAAAAAUCUCAAUGCGUCGAGGCCCCUUUAGCCGGAAAAUCUCAUUCGAAUGGAUUUAACUGCGCGGACAAAUGGAACGUACGUCGGAUUAUAUCUCGAUCGAAAAAGAAAAAAAAAAGAGUUCUUCAUCCCUUCUCAUUAAGAGAGCCGCUGCAACCUGUUGGAAAUAAUGAAUUGGAUUUCAAGAGUCGUUGCCGGCGGGGAAUGUCGUCGGCAGCCGAACGUUUCGCGAAUGAUCUCAGAGCAUAAACGCGAUUCAACGCGCAAUUGUACAGACCGAGUCGCAUAUCACAAUUUCCAUGUGCGGAACGUUAGUUCCGCUUGGAAGUCGCUAUCGGUCGCCUGAUGCUGCGUCGGGUGCGAACUGCGCAUAAUAACUCGAUUAUCGUGCUCAAGUCGAUGUGAGCGCAAUUUCACGCGCGUUUACUUUUACUUAUUGUCGUUAUUCACAUUGCCGAUGCGAUGACAUUUCAAUAUCACUUCUGUAUUCUGAAAUUUAAAUUUGACAAUUGGCGGAUAAUUAAUAACCACACGUAAAGUGCAAUCGCGAGGCUUGCGGAUUUAAUAAACGCGGCUUGAUUGCGCGAAAUGUCACUUCUCGAUCGAUUCGCGACACACGAUUUGAAUAUAUCGCAAAAUGUAUUCUCGCGUUUAAAUGUUUCCGGCUAUUUCCCCAACCAAACGGAAUGUCGCGCGUCCCGGCUUUCUCCACGACGUUUCAAAAUAUACUUGGACAAUAAACUAGUAAGACUUAUAUAUCUAAAAAGAAAUUUUGACAUUGUACAUUAACUUAAUUUAAGGGACUCUAGUAUAUUCUUCGACGAUCCAUCAAAGUGCAUUGUAUUGGUGCACGAGAUACAUUGGAACUAUACGAAAGACAAUAAUUAUUCUUAAGAAAGAGUUUGUGCGUACAAUACUUCUGUGUUCUUAAUAUGAAUACACGACAUUAUAUUGUGGUAAAAAAGUAAAAGAAAAAAAAUAAAGAAAAAAAAAGAGAAAAAGGGGCGAAGGAAGAUCACAUUUCUGACGUCUUAUAAAUUGAGAUUAUACUGACGAAUGCUUUUACGCGAGGAUCACUAACGUUAGUUGUACAUGAGAGCGAUGUUACAUUUUGACCCUUAAAUGUUUUAAAUGUCUUAAUCGCGCAGUACGCGCAAUGCGUACGAGAAUCGAUAUGAAUGUAUACCACUUGUUACCAUCUUAAACGCAGAUAUCGAUCACGUGAAUUCGAGUCUUACACACCCUCGAAUAUUUUAUCCGCGAAAUCUGUCGAAGUGAGUUUAUUGAAUUUUUGCAAUUUUGCCCUCCCUGAGUAACACAGUACGCAACACUACAGUGACAAAUGCCGAUCAGACACUUAAGGGUUAAAGAGUGCACCUUAAACAACAAUAAAUGUAAAAGUUUCCUGUAAUCCUAUUUAACGAAAAGAAAAAAAAAUUGAGAUCGCGCGUAGGAUGACUAUUCAUGUGGCUUAUUCCAUGAUACUUAUGCUGAAGAAAUAAUCACUCUUGACGCUUUUGUAGCUCGUACAAAAGAUAUAAAUACGUGAAAAAAACCUGAUAAAUUAUUAUAUAUAUAAUAAUUUGAUAUUAAACGACGGUCCUGACUGGGAAAACUUUAUACUUGUAUAUUUGAAAAAUACCACACACAC